UGGCUGCACCCAUGUAACAUGUACAAUUCGUCUGCUCGAAAUAAGCCUACCAUUGUUUGAAUCUUAUCCAAUGCCAGUGUUUCAUUUUUAAUCAACAUGUCCAAUCAAGGAUUAGUGUUUGCUCUGUUUGCGGGCACAAUGGCUGCUCUAGCUUCUGUCUGUGCCAAAUUAGCAACAAGUUAUGACGAAGCACAUAAAGUCGGUGAAAAUAUUUGGGAAACAUACAGAUACUUCCUUGGAAUCGACUUACUGUCGAUUGAGGAAUGUAUAGAAAAGAAUGAUAAGACUGUCUUAGUUGUGAGACUGUGUGGUGUAGUUGGCAUCUUCCUGUGCAAUGGUCUCAUGUGGACACUGUUUACCAAGUCUCUGCAACUCUGCUCAUCAUCUGUAGAGGCAACAGUCACAAACACUGCAGGAAACUUCCUAGUGACAGCACUUGUGAGUCGUCUCAUGUUCCAAGAACGUCUUCCAGUACUGUGGUGGCUUGGCUCCUGCUGCAUUCUCAUUGGUCUACUGCUGAUACACAGAGGAGGUCAGCGUUCGCAGGCACAACACGAGAAGAAGAAAACAUAACUGUCAUCUUCCAUGUUAAUAUGUGAUGUUCUCAUAUGUAAUCUCCCCAAGAUCACCCACCCCAACAAAGUGUGUGUUUCUAGUUUCAUGACUGACACUAAUCUGGGACUCUCAACUCUAAAACUUGAUUUUCUUGAGUAGCACCACAGCUUCUACAACCAUCACUAUAUUGUUUGAAUUUUAUGCCACUAGUGUAAAUUUGUUGCGCUUCACUUCAAAUAAGCCAGUCAUUGUCUUUAUUUGAAAAUCAGGCAUUUACAGACAUACUCCAAGUUACAGUUUCUCAGAGAACAAAAACAGUAAAUCUAACAUCUAACCUACCUUCCCAAAUUGUGCAUGGAUUGAAAUAGGACACACAUAUUUUGUUUUCGCCAAAGUUUGUCAGACCUCAUAUCAUGUCUUUAAGUGCCUUCAGACACUGUCAUGUCCCCCAUCGAUUCUGAGUCAGAAUAGGUCCCCACCUCAUGCUUGUUGUAAAAGCUGCCUGAUGAGGAUUGGGUGGUCUGUGUGUGUGACCUGGCUGAUUGGGUGUCAUCUAUGUUCAUAAAAGAUGGUACUUGUU